GUGGUUUUGCCUUUGUGUUUGUGGCCCAGGAUGUGAGCUCUGGGAAGGAGUACGCACUAAAGAGACUUUUAGCAAAUGAUGAAGAAAAGGAAAAAGCUGUGUUAGAGGAGAUCAAGUACCUGAAAAAACUCUCGGGCCACCCCAGUAUUAUCCAGUUCAUCUCGGCGGCGGCGAUAUCGAAAGAGCAGUCAGACCACGGCCAAUCGGAGUACCUGUUGCUGACGGAGCUGUGCCCGGGCGGUCAGCUGGUGGACGAACUGACCAGGAGGGGGAGGCCACUCCCGUUUGACCAGGUGCUGCGGGUGUUCUACUACAGCUGCCGCGCCGUGCAGCACAUGCACAAGCAAAAGCCGCCCAUCAUACACAGGGACUUGAAGGCAGAGAACUUGCUGAUCAGCUCGCAGGGCACCAUCAAGCUGUGCGACUUUGGCAGCGCUACCACCGAGGCCCACUACCCAGACUCCUCGUGGUCCGCCAUACAGCGCAGCCUGGUGGAAGAUGAGAUCACCAAGAACACAACGCCGAUGUACAGAGCUCCUGAGAUGCUUGACUUGUACCAGAACUUUCCCAUCAAUGAAGCCUGUGAUAUCUGGGCUCUAGGCUGUCUUCUCUUCAAGCUGUGUUUCUACGAUCAUCCCUUUGAGGACUCUGCCAAACUGAGAAUCAUCAAUGCAAACUUUGUCAUACCUGAGUCAGACACAGAGUACGACCUCUUCCACGACCUUAUACGUGGUAUGCUUAGAGUGAACCCGGAGGAGCGACCGGGCAUCAACGACAUCAUCGACAGACUCCACGAGAUUGCUCAAGCCAAAGACGUGAACCUCCGAGAGCCCCUGUCCUUCCCCAAGAUGGCGUACGCCACCCCUCCCGACACCCCAGAGAGGAGACAGCCCUACACCCAGCCCCAGAGCCAGGCCAAUGAGGGUGGCUUCGGUGCAGGGUCCCUGUUCAAUUCUCUGAAAGGAGGAGCCGGGAGCAUGUUCAAAAACCUCAAGGAUGCCUCCAGCAAAGUCAUGGAGACUGUGUCAAACACCAUCAACAAGACAGACAUGGAUAUAUCCUACUUGACCUCUAGAAUUGUUGUGAUGUCAUACCCUGCGGAGGGCGUGGAGUCGGCCAUCAAAAACAGUAUCGACGACGUUCGCUCCUUCCUCGAGUCCCGCCACCACGGCUGCUACGCUGUGUACAAUCUAAGUCAGAGAACGUAUCGAGUCGCCAAGUUUGAAAAUAGAGUGUCUGAGUGUGGUUGGACGGCCAAAAAAGCCCCUCCCCUGACCAACCUGUAUGCCAUCUGUAAAAACAUGCACCUCUGGCUCCGGCAGACGCCCAAGAAUAUUUGUGUUGUCCACUGUUUGGAUGGAAAAGCCAACUCAGCGUGUGUGAUAGGAUCGUUCCUGGUGUUCUGUCGUCUGUUUGAGAAUGCUUCAGCAGCUAUGCAUCUGUUCACAGCCAGGAGAUCUCAGCCUGGCAUAGCCCCAUCACAGAAGAGAUACAUAGACUACAUCGGCCAGAUGGUGGCCGACAGACCAGUAUUACCUCACAGCCGGCCCGUCUUACUCAAGGCCUUACAGAUGCGACCGCUGCCGCUUUUCAACAAGAUGAAGAAUGGCUGCACGCCGUUUGUGGAAGUCUACAUUGGGGAUGAGAGAGUGCUGUCCACAUCACAAGAGUAUGAAAAGAUGAGACAGAUCACGGUGGAGGACGGGCGGGCCAUGCUGCCGCUGAAUACGUCAGUGGCCGGGGACAUCACCAUCAUUGCCUACCACGCCCGCUCCACCUUCGGGGGGAAGAUUCAGGGAAAGAUUACCUCCAUGAAGAUGUUCCAAAUCCAGUUCCACACUGGCUUCAUCGCUGAGGGGUCAACAAGUAUACAAUUUCACCAGUACGAGCUGGACCAGUUAGACACGGCUGACAAGUACCCGGACAUGUUCACCGUCGUCCUUGACCUUCUGGUGUCCCCGUCGGAGAAGAACCAGAGCGACCGGCGACUGCCCUGGGACAACUUCCCCACUGACAAACUCACACCCAAGAUCCUCUUCUCUUCCAAGGAUGAGAUUCACCAGACCUUCUCCGAGUUUGGUGUGUCAGAGAGAGCCAAAAGCCGCUUGAGUCGGGCCUCCAGUUUUGACACGGAGUCGCCGCAACACGCCCCAAGCACGCCGGUCAAAGGUCAGGACUCGAGGCAGUCGGAGCAGCAGCGAGCCGCUGAGCAGAAGAAGCCUGCUGCCAACGGAAUGUCAAGUUUUUUCACUACGCUAGAAUGGCAGGACGACCCCAGUGGCACGGGUGUGUCGGAACAAAAUCAACAACCCACCGAGUCUCAGGUGGGCCUGCUCAACGACCAAUCGGACGACGAGGACGACUUCAGCAGCCUCAGCCGGACCCGCACAAACGGAAACGACGACAUUCCCGCAGGGUACGGGGUCCUCGCCGGGGAGCCGGAGGAGAGGAGGCCGGCCGCGCAGUCACCGGCCGAGGAGGUGGACUUACUUAACAUGAACACGGCCAGCACCACCGCGAAAACAGACGCAGGGGUACGCGAGACGAGUGAGCAAAUAGACUUUUUAAACAUCGGCGGAGACCCGUCUAAUGUAGAUUUGUUGAGCGGGCACACGACAUCGAAACCCGCGCAGCCGAUGGCUUCACCGAGAGAGCCCGACCUUCUGGGGAUGUCUGGCUCCGACACGUUUGACCCUUUCCAGCAGCUGUCUGCCGAGCGGGCACCAUCCCCCGCCAAACCCGACCUCAUGACUUCCAACACUCCGGCAGCCAGUAAUGACACCUUUGACCCAUUCCAGAAUUUCGCAUCCUCUUCGAAUCAGCCGGCGUCGAGUAUCAGCACUGCGCAGCCGAGCUCUAAAUCGGGUGGUAAUGUAGAGGACGAUUUCUUCGCUUUUAUGGAGGACCAGAGUGCAGGGAACAAAAAUGAGGAGCCAGAUUUGAUGACCAGUUGGAAUGCGACCAGCAUCCAGAAUCUGAGCAACCAGACAUUCAACGCGCAGGCUGGCGCCGGUGCCCAGAGCGCCAACAGUUUGGGCGUCGGCCCGGGAAUGAUGCAUAAGAGCGCCAGCACGGGCUCAGCCAUGAACUUCCAGAGCAUGAUGGGAAGCCAGGGAGGUCGGAGUUCGCCGCAGAUGGGCAUGGGAGGCCAAGGAAUGGGGGGAGGGGGAGGUAUAGGCCAGGUGCCUAGAGCUGACCCUUUUGCAGAUCUGGGUAACUUAGGCAAGAAUGCUUUCAAGAGUUCUGGACCCACCAUGCAGCCCAGGGCUCCGGCACCAGCCACAGUCCCAGGUUUCCAGCAGGCGGGCUGGGGCAGUCCCAAGAUGCAGACGCCCGGAACAUUCCAGGGUCAGUCUAUGCCUCAGGCCCGGCCGCAGCAGUCUUCCCCGCAGCACCGACCGCAACAACCGCAGCAGCAACAGCAGCAGUUUGCCAAACCCAACUACACCAGCGUCAUCGGUGGCCGGGAGGACAGGGGACCCAGGAAAAAUUUUGGCCCCAAACCGAAACUGGACUCCAGCACCUUUGACGACCUGCUGGAAGACCACCAGUUCUCCAGUCGCAAGGAAAACGAGCCCAAGACGAUGGGCGACAUGAAGAAGAAACAAAUGGCGGAAGAGAUGGACCCGGACAAGCUCAAGAUCCUGGAGUGGACGACGGGCAAGGAGCGGAACAUCCGGGCGCUGCUGUGCUCUAUGGGAGCCGUGCUGUGGGACGGGGAGGAGCGGUGGAAGCCUAUAGGCAUGCACCAGCUGGUCACCCCCGAGCAGGUCAAGAAGUGGUACCGCAAGGCCGUGCUCUCCGUGCACCCGGACAAGCUGACGGACGACCCCCACCAGGCCCUGGCCAAGCUCAUCUUCAUGGAGCUCAACGACGCCUGGGCCAAGUUUGAGGAGGAGGGAUGCAAGCCGCUCUACUAGUACUUUCUCUCACUCUGGAUUUGUCCCUGAUGAACGAGUGGAAAUUUCGCGAUAUUUGCUUGAGAAAUGAGCAGAAGUUUGGUUAAAAGAGUCGGAAUAUUGUGAUAUUUCCUUGAUAGAUGAGUAGAAGUUUGUUAGAUAAAUGAGUUGAAAUUUCGCAAUAUUUCAUUGAUAGAUGAGCAGAGGUUUUGUUUUUAAAAAAAUGAGUGGUAGUCUUUGGAUACUUCCUGAAUAGAUAAGUGGAAAUUUUGUAAUGUUUGAAGGAUGUGAAAAUUCCCAGAUGUUUUUCUGGCAGAUGAGCAUGGACGAGACUUUACAUCUUGAGUUUUUGUUUUUUAGUGUGUGGAAAUUUCGCAAUAUUUCCUGGAUGAAUGAAAGGAAAUUUUGUGAUGUUCCCUGGGUAGAUGAGUAUAAGUGAGAGGCAAUAUCCGGACCUUUCCUGAAUAGAUGAAUGGGAAUUUCCCGAUGUUUUGAUACCUGAUUGAAUGAAUAGAAAUUUCCAGAUUUUUCCUGGAAGAUGAACAGAAUUUUUGGGAUGCCUCCUGAACGGAUAAUGAAACCUGUAAUUUUUAAAAACCCAACCCUUUAAAAAAUUGCAGUCUAAAAGUGCAGAGAAAAGGAUGGUCAAUGUACAUUCAAGCAUUUGCGGCAAACUUGUUUUGCUAUUUUUAAGUUAUCAUGUAUGACUGAAAUUGAACCACGUUUGACGUGUGUGAAUGUCGCAACACAUUCAUGUCGCUUAUGAGUGAGGGCUUUUUGUUUUAAAUUUUUGUUUGUUGUUGUUGUUGCAUGUGUUUUGGGGGUUUUUUUGUGACUGAUACAAACCAUGUCACGAGAGUAAGGCUUAUAUCUUGUGUCAGAUUUUCACCGCAUGUCACUAUGUUGAUAUGUAUUGAUAUGAUAUAAUAAUAAUAUGCAGAGCUGCCCAGCAUUCAGUGAGAUUAUUGUGUCCCUGUGUGUAACUGUUAGUUUGUUAGUUUACACGUCCUGGUUCUUCAACCCCCUCAUGUUUCUGACGUUUUUAUGUAUUGUUAUAGAUUUGACUGAGUUUUUCCUGCUGUUACAAUGCAACAAAGUACAGUGAAGUCGUGAGAGUGGCAUUAUCAUUACAUGAUGUUACU